AUCCUAUAAAUACUUUAAAAUAGUUUAAUUUGUUUAUUUACCUUCGCUUGUUUGUUGUUAAAUGUUUCUGCCAUUUUUCAACAAUAUGCCAUGAGUCAGUGCACGACGUGAACAUGUGGUGCAAUGUGUUUUACUUUUUGUUCAAAUGUCAAAUGUGUACUUCUGCUUGCCAUGCAAGUUUAACGUUUGAACUUCGGCUGCAACCUCUCUAUUAAUUUAAGCUUUUAAACUUUGUGUAGCAUAUCAAAUGUUUGUAUAAUUAUUACAUAUAUUGAGAUAAAAUUAUAGUACUAUUUACUUUUUAACUAUCUUUUAUAAGUUUUAAUUUAUCACAUUGUUAAUUAAUCAUGUUUGCUUAAAAAAUUAUUAUGUAUUUGUUAUAUUUUAUAUUUCAGCUUCUUUUAUGUCCAGAAGAUAGUUUGUUGGCUUCUCGUCUUAUUCGAAUUUAUUUUGGAUUUUUUAAAGCCUGUACAAGAACAGGUGAAGUUGAAAAUAAAAUGAUGAGUGCCUUAUUGACUGGAGUAAACAGAGCUUUCCCAUUUGUUAAAGAUGACAAAUUAGUGUUAAUUGAACAAAUGGAUACUUUGUAUCAAAUAGUUCACUUAGUCAGUUUUAAUAUCAGCAUCCAAGCUCUUAUGUUGUUGUUUCAGGUUCAUGGUUUAGAUGAAACUCUAUCAGAUCGAUUUUAUGUGGUUUUAUAUAAAAAACUAUUAGACCCAGGAUUAAGUCAUUCUACAAGACAGACAAUGUUUCUGAACUUAAUAUAUCGUGCUUUAAAACGAGAUCACAUUGAACAGAGAGUUAAAGCAUUUGUUAAAAGAUUAUUUCAGGUUUGUGAAUAUCAAGCUCCUGGUCUUGUGUGUGGUACUUUAAUUCUCGUAUCUCAGUUAUUGAAAGAACAUCCAAAUCUUCUAAAUAGUAAUAAUAUUAGUAUUGCUAGUAGUGAUGAUGGUGAGGAUGAUGACAGUUAUGAACAUUAUGAAGAUGUAUCAGAGAAUGAAGAAAGAACAAAAGAGUCUAAUUUUAAAUCUAAUUCAAAACAAAAUUCGUCUUGGUUGCAUCGAAAUAAUCUUCAAGUACAUGGAUGCACAGCAUCAAAACUUUAUAAUCCUAAUCACAGAAAUCCAUUAUAUGCUGGUGCUGAAUAUAGUAUUCCAUGGGAAUUAACAUUGUUAACAAAACAUUUUCAUCCAUCAGUAAGUGUUUUUAGCCAGCAGGUACUAAAAGGUAAAUGCAUUGAAUAUGAUGGUGAUCCAUUGCAUGAUUUUACACUCAUCAAAUUUCUUGAUAAAUUUGUAUACCGAAAUCCAAAGAAAUCAAAACUAUCUCCUUGUGAAAAUGAACGCCAAAAAAUAUUUGGACGUCAACAUCAAUUAAAACAACAAUCUUUAAAUAUUAAUUCUUCAAAUUCUGAUAAUGCUCGGCCAGAAGAAAAGUUUCUUUAUCAAUAUUUCCAAACCAAUAAUUUCAAACAAAAGGAUGAAAAGAAAGAUAAAGAUUCAGAUGUGGAAAGUGUUGCCAGUGAAGAUUUUGAAGCCCUUUUGGAUAAAUUUGAACCUGGCUUUAAAUCAGAUGAACUCAAUUUUGCUGCUGAUAUUUCUGAUCAGAAACAAACAAAAAAACGAAAGAAGAGAAAAAGUGAAAGUUAUAGUAAUGAUGAUGAUGACGACGAUGAUGAUGAAUAUGAUUUUAAUGACGAUGAUGAGUUCAAUGAAGCAUUUAAAGAUUUUGAAAGUGAUUUAGAAAAUAUUCAAACUACAGAUAUAAAUGAUAUUCCAGUAUCAAAAAGCAAUUCUAAAAGAAGAAAAUUGGCUACAAAGAAAGUAGACAGCAAUAAAGAUGAAGCUUUUGCCUCUGCAGAACAGCUCUCCUGUAUAUUGGAAGAUAAUCAAAGUAAUGUAGAAGGAUUGAAUAUGCACAGUUUAAUAAAUAAAGACAAAUCACAUGAAAAACAGAUAAGGUGGGAAAUAAAAAGGGAUAGAUGGAUUCGAAAUGUUGAUUGGAAAGCUAAGAAGAAAGGAAAUUUACAGUGCAAAAGAAAAUUAAAGUCUAAAAUUAAAAAAUCAAAUAAAAAAUCUAAACUCUGAUGACAUGUUUCUAAUAUAAAGACAAUGUGAUGAUAAACGUAAAAACAUAGUUAUUUCAAUAAAAUUGCAUAAACAAUUGAUGGUCAAUAAUUUUAUCGUAUUUUUAUGUAAAUAAAAUAAAAAUUUAAAUUAUCCUUUUCCUUUUCUUCAAAUUUCUUAGUUUUUCUGCAGCUAGGAUUGUAUAAACAGUAUCAUAUGAAAUAUAAACAGUUUUGUGAAAUUUAAAAUUAUAUUAUUAGUAAUAUUUGUAAUGUUUGCCAAUAAAUCUAUAUAUUUUUUAUUAACA